GAGAAUAAUAAAGAGGUAGCGGCAGAGAAAGAGAUAUUCUCAGAUUAGGGUUUUAGGAAAAGAGGAAAAAGAAAAAGAAAAAUGGCGAAAUUCAAUGUGAUGCAGAGGAGGAGGAGAGCUCAAAUAGCAGAGAGAAAGAGAGCGAUUCAUGGAGACCCUACCACUGGUAAGCUCAAGAACAGGCCUCAACCUCUCUCUAUCUCCGGUAAACGCAAGCGCAAGCUUUUGAAGAAAUGGCGCAGAGAGCAGAAGGAUGCUAUAGAGAAGGGUCUAGUUAGCAUGGAAGAUGUUGAAAUGGCAGCAUCUCAAGGCACAUCGCAAGACACUGACAAAACGCCAACUGCGUUUCACAUGAAGAAGAGUCUGAAGCUUAAACAACUAAAGCGUAGAGGCAAGAACAAAAGAAAAUCUUCUAUGCCAACUACUGAAGCUUCAGUGGAUGCAAUGGUAGAAUAAAAUGAUGAGAAAGCAAAGCUCAAGUAACUCAAUCCUUGUACUAUUUUCGAGAGGACAUGCUGUAGAGAUGCUUAGAUUAAAAUUGCUUCCUUUCAAACUCAAGAUGCUUGUAACAUGGUAGCUCACAUUUUAUUGUCUUCUGUUUAUUUACUCAAUAAAUUUUUACAAUAUCUGAAGAAAAAGAAAAGUGCAAGUUGCAAAAAGA